AUGAUCAUCUCCUACAUCCACGACUCCGUGAAGCUGAUCAAGUUCGCGGACGACACCACCCUCAUUGGACUCAUCUCCAACAACGAUGAGUCCGCCUACAGGAGGGAGGUGGACCGGCUGGUGUCCUGGUGCAGUGGUAACAACCUGGAGCUGAACGCCCAGAAGACAGUGGAGAUGAUUGUGGACUUCAGGAAGAGCACUGUCCCCCCGCCCCCACCCUCCGUGAUGGACUCCCCCAUCACCUCUGUGGAGUCCUUCCGUUUCCUGGGCACCACCAUCACCCAGGACCUCAAGUGGGAGCCGACCAUCAGCUCCCUCAUCAAGAAGGCCCAGCAGAGGAUGUACUUCCUGCGGCAGCUCAGGAAAGCCAAGCUGCAGUUCUACACGGCCAUCAUCGAGUCCAUCACCUCCUCCAUCACCUCCUCCAUCACCUCCUCCAUCACCUCCUCCUUCACCUCCUCCAUCACCGUGUGGUUCGCUGGAGCCACAAACAGUCCUCAGGAGAGAAUGGAGAGGGUUAUGGCAGCAGUCACAGGCUGGAGCUGGGAGCAGAGGAGAAAAGCCAACCACACGGUGACGGAGGAGGUGAUGGAGGAGGUGAUGGAGGAGGUGAUGGAGGAGGUGAUGGAGGAGGUGAUGGAGGAGGUGAUGGAGGAGGUGAUGGAGGAGGUGAUGGAGGAGGGGAUGGAGGAGAACAGCCGCAGUGUGUUUCUUCACAUCCACAACACGCGAGGAGCGGAGCCAGAGACCCGAUCCACGACCCGGUCUUCUCACAGACACGACGUGGAGAGGGCCGAGGUAAUGUCACUGCUCACCUCCUGA